AUGGCGCACAUGGUCUUCAAGAAACCUCUGCAGGAUCAGAAUACCCGCGAAACAUACUUUAAGCAACGUCAAGAGCUCCGGAAGGCCAAAGAGCUGGGUUAUAUAGAUGCUGAAGCAUACGAGGAAGCAAAGAAGGGCUUACUACCGCACUCGAAUCCACCUGCAUCGACAACAGGCGCGAUGUUUGAUUUCAAUAGCAAUGCAAACAGUAAGACUGCGCCCUCGAUCACUGCGAACCAACGAUCCCGAAUGUCAGGUAGCACAUCCUCCUCUUCUGGUAGCACGAUGGGCUCAGUCCACUACCCAACAGAAGCCUUCCUCCCGAACAAGAAGGCUUCCACAUCUAUUCUCCAACGGAGUAAUGUAGCCGUCUCACUCUUUAACCCGAAUGCCCAAUCCGAAGAAGACCGUGAGAUCCUGCGUCUCAGGCGAAAAGCACAGAAAGCACUUGCAGAGGCGGAGAGGUUUGAAAGACUCAAAAACUAUCAAUACCAGCUCAGUGAAGAAGACCAGGACGGGACACUUGACCCUUCACGUUUCGACCACUUGACUCUAUCACCAGAGCUACUUACCGUUCCUACAAACGACUCUACCAUCACAAACUCAACCUCAUCAGUCUCCGGCCGAUCUAUGAAAUCACAGCGUAUGAAUUUCAACAUCUUCCGUAAGAGGUCAGCCUCAAUCAGUCGUGGUUCUCCUCCUCCGCUCCCUCCACCAAAUGCGCCUCCGAUACCACUCCUACAACGCACAGGCACUACAUCCAGUUCAAUAAGCUCCUCAAGCUCCUCGCUCACCCGACGUCACACAGAUGCACGUAAUGGAGGCCGGGAGGCGAUACUUGAUGCUAUGCCUAUGAACUUCGCAGACAUCUUUCUCAUGGGUCCCCCACCAACUUCUCAAACCAGGCCACCAAGUAGACGUCACUCUUUCUCUAGCCAGCACUCGCGACCCAGUGUUGCUCUCUCUCGGCGGUCCACUGAAGCACCCCCCGAUCUAGUAAUUCGAAAAGUCCGAGAAGAGUUCGUAUUGGAAUCUAGACCCGUGUCACCGAUACCAUUGAAUUUUAGACCAAAUACUCCACCGGAGGAGAAGCGUCCUCCGAUGUCGACAGUUCUGCGAGAUAUGUUUUUAUCACUAUUACAGGACUUUGAAGACACUUCAAUCUUGUUCUCCUAUCCCAAGUACGGAAAGAUUAAGAGAGUAUCUUACACAAGUUCUUUGCGGUCUGUGGUGAGAUCUGUGAAGGAGGAUGAAGAAUGGAGCGUGGAUGGUGGAGAGGGAAGCUUCUUUCUUGACGAGAGCGCAGGAAUACUGAGAGCGGUACUCGAGAAACAGGUGUGGUUUUUGAUGGCUAUGAAAUGGUUAUCCUUUGGGCGGGUUCUCUUUUCUCCAGGUCAUCAUUUGAUUGAGCUUAGCGGAGAUGUUGGUAUUGCCAUGGGCGUAUCGGAAUCCAGUAUCCUUGAUCUUGAUGGUGCAGUUACUGCCGAUUAUUCCUGGCAUCUCGCCGAAGAAUAUCCUUUUACCACAAUCUACAAUGUACUUCUCCCGCACUCUCCUCGCCCACAGCGGAAUUCAACUUCACCUCCGAACGUCCACCACAUCACUGCUCCUACACUCUCAAACCUCAGUGGCCUCGCUUCCGGUGGCAUAGACGUCAUUGUUUCACAUAAUCUUCCCCUCUUGCUUCUCCAACACAAACACAAGACCACCGAAGAGCUAAUACAGCUCACUAUGGGUGUGUUCCGUGAGUGUGCACGUGUACUGAAGCCACAUGGUUACUUUGAAAUAACAAUUGUGGACCCGGUUAUGAACAAUAUGGGUCCACGGACGAGGACAUGGAUUGCGAAAAAUAUUCCUCUAGCCGGGGGCAUGAGACCUAGCAAGAUAAUUUUGACAGCGUUGGAGAGGUUAGGGAGUGCUUUCUCCGGUGUGAAUUCCUUGUUCGAUGAGGUGAAGGAGUGCUGGGUGUGGAUGCCUACUACUAGCAUUGGAGACGAGCUCAGUACGGUUACGAGUAUGGUGGGAAGGCACCUAUAUGAUCAUCUGUAUACACCAGUAGAAGAUGAUGAUAAUGUGGUGAAUAUGGUUUAUGGAAUGAAGGUCCGCCGGGAGUGUCUAAUUUGGAAGGAUGACAAGAUUGUUGAGGAAUGUCAGAAGGAGAACACGGCUUUCAGGUGGUUGAAGUGUUAUGCUAGAAAGGUUUAG